AUGGCGGUGGUGUGUCCGGCGGUGACGGAGGCUGUAGGCGCGCCGCCGUGCUUGACCUCGCCGUCGACGGCGUACGCUCCGCUGGCCAUUGCGACGCUGAUCGUGGUGGGCCCGGCCAUCGCAGUCUUUGGCGUCAUUCCGAGCCAGACACUGGCCCUGGCACCUGCGGGUGCAGUGGCGACGCAGCUAGCGGUUAUCGUCCUCGCGGCGGCGUCGCUGGCGGCGCUCAUCGGGGCGGCAUGGUCGGAUCCGGGCUGGCUCCCGCCGCGGGCGGCAGUGGACGAGCCCGACUACCGCCGGUGGCUUCCUGGGUCCCAUCGCGAGCUCCCUGUACGCACUGCUGCCGGUGGCGAAGCUGGUGUUGCGCUGGUGAGCGGUGAGGCGGAGGAAGGCGUGGGAGACAAGCUGUGUACCACAUGCGGCAUCUUAAGACCGCCGCGAUCGUCGCACUGCCGGACUUGCAACGUGUGCGUGCUCCGGUUCGACCACCAUUGCAUCUUUGUGGCCAACUGCAUCGGGCGGCGCAACCAUCGCUCGUUUGUGGCGCUCCAUCUCAUUGCCGGCGUCCUCUGUGUCCUCCUCACCUGCGUCUGCCUCGCAUUCGCCAUGGCGCACCUCAAGACGGUCGGCCUCCGUUCCUCAGCGGUGGAUGUAUGGGCACUGCGGCUCUUCAUCUUUACUGCCUCGACGACCUCCAUCUACCUCGCUGGCUACCUGCUCGCCAUGGGCGGCGCAUACCUCCGCCUCGUCUCCCGCAACGUCCUCACCAAGGAGUCUCUCAACGGGAGUGGUGAUGCAGUCCGAGCCAUCUACUCUCGCGGCGUCAUCGCCAAUCUCUGGACCUUUUUCACCGAGCCCUGCCCGCCGCGUCUUAUCGACCUGCGGCCGUAG